GGAGCAAGUUGUACCAGGACCAGAUGCUGGUGUGUCCAGCAGUGCACCCUCUAACCGCCAACUGGAGGAACACGUCGACCAAGUCGUCGCAAUGCUCGGCGACAUCAGCACCUUCGCUGAGCCGACCACCAUCAGCAAUCAGCUGGAUACCUUGAAGACCAAGGUCCAGCAACUGCGGUUGCCUAACAAGAAUGGCAACAGCACACAACAUUACAAGAUGCCAACUUUUCAAAUUGAGAAGUUCGAUGACUACACGCAUCAGGACCCGGUCCUCUGGUGGGAAGGUUUCACGACGCAACUUCGGAUUCUGCAAGUCGCCAAGCACGCGUACGUCGGCGCCCUGUUUCUUAACUCAAAGGGUGGAUGCCAGAUCUGGUUAAGCCACCUGGCAUCCACCCACGGCGUCGACGUCGCAGAUCUGAAAGACAAGAUCUCAUGGGAAGAGUUAACACGGCUAUGGAAGAAGCGGUUCAUCGUGGACGACGCACCUGCACUCGCCAUCAACCGUCUCUUCGCCAUGACGCAAGGCAACACAGCAACACGUGACUUGCUCACAGAAUGGCGGAAGAUCGCGGCAACACCCGAUCUGGACUUACCAUUUCCGCAUCUGCGCCGCGAGCUCUAUAACAGGUCAUGUGCUGCAUUGAGCCUCGCACUUGGUGAUCGCGAGCAAUAUGCAACCUUCGCUGAAAUCAUUGACAAGGAAAGGGAGAUCAUCAAGACCAACAGGGCGGCUGCACACGAGAAGUCAACGUGGCAGCCAACCUAUGUGGAGAAGGAGAGAACUGGUCCGCGACAGCAGCAGUUCGCUGCAGUCCAAUCGGACAACACCGUGGAAGACCCGGCAGCCACCCAAGCGUCACGUGAGGGAGAUCAGGUGGCUGCUGUCCAGCCGCGAAGCAACAACAAGCCCCGAGUGAACGGGAAGGCGAAAACCGCAUCGCCGGCCGGAAACGGACAGCCAGCACCACCAUGGGUCAAGUUUACCUUGACCGAGGCCGAGUACAAGUACCGCGGCCGCUACGCCUGCUGCUAUUGGUGCAACAACACCAAGCACAAGACCUCCCAAUGCCCUGAUCAAGGCAAGGAGGAUGUUCGGCCUCAUUCGGCCGCCUUGCUAGCGGCCUCCUACACAUCUGGUGAGGAUGCGCAUGUCGCAAGUCCUCGGUACACUUACGAGGAAUAUGCUGUCCAUUUGGUCCCGCCGCUGGACCAACCGCUCCACGUGCAACAAUCUACCGCAUGCACGGUUUCAUCACCAUCGGCAACCGAUUCGGCAGCUUCGCCGUCAUCUACCGCAGGGGAUUCAACGUCAUGGUCAAGACUUGAAGAGCUCGACCCGUUGACAUUUGCGGCCUUCCAAUGGAUGCCCCUUCCCCGGUCCGGUCGAUUGCCGAAACCGCAUUGCAACGUGCUCAUGGCACAAUUGCGGGAUUACUUGCACACUGCAGUACCGACUCCGUUGAUGGACGCCGGAGUAGAAGUUGUCGACCUUCACGCCUACAUUGCGAAGAUCGACCACGAGUUCAAGACGCAACGGUACGACGACAUCGACGCACCAUUAUUAUAUGUACGCAUUCAGAUCGGAGAGGCGACCUGCGACGCUUUGAUCGAUUGCGGAGCAUUUCGCAACUACAUCAGCCAGGACUUCAUGGUGCGCGCCGGCCUUGGCCCACUCGUCCGGAGGAAGUCCCAGCCCACGCAAGUCACGUUGGCAUACGGUCACACGCACAAGUCAAUCGACCGGUGCAUUGAUGACGUCCCAGUGUACUUUGCCCCUCACGCAAGUGAGGCGGUGUCCUUUGACAUUUUGGACACCAAAUUCGACAUGAUCUUGGGCAUGUCAUGGCUGCGAAGCGAGGACCACCCGGUGAACUUCUACCGCUGCACCGUUCACGUUUGUGAUCGGAACGGAGUACUAGUCCCACGCACAGUGGCUCCUCCUCACCCUUCUAUCAACUGCCACGUGGUAUCCACCGCAAGCAUGCGAGCUUCCAUCAUCAGAGACGACAUCGAGGAGAUGGGGGUGUCUUUUCUCCACGCCCUCCCGCCCCAUGACGCUACACCGACGGACUCAUCUUCGGAUCCACGCAUCACCGAGCUUCUCGACGCCUACGGCGACGUGUUCGAAGGCCCGCACGGAGUAGUACCAGAUCGUCCCAUCCGCCACGAGAUCAUCCUCGAGGACGGGGCCGUACCUCCGCGCGGUUGCAUCUACCGAAUGAGCGAGGAAGAGUUAAGUGUGCUUCAGGCACAACUCGACAACCUUCUGGAGAAAGGUUGGAUUCGGCCUAGCUCAUCGCCAUACGGUGCUCCUGUUCUCUUCGUCCGGAAGAAGAACAAGGAUUUGCGGUUGUGCAUCCAUUAUCGCAAGCUCAACGCGCCGACGAUCAGAAACGCUGGCCCUCUCCCACGCAUCGACGACCUUCUUGAACGACUGGGCGGCGCCAAGUUCUUCUCCAAGCUGGACCUCAAGUCCAGAUAUCACCAACUCGAGAUUCGGAAGGAGGACCGCUACAAGACCGCGUUUAAGACGCGAUAUGGGCAUUUCGAAUGGUUGGUUAUGCCAUUUGGCCUUACGAAUGCCUCGGCCACUUUCCAAGCGGCUAUGACAACGGAGUUCCGACACAUGCUGGAUCGUUUCGUACUUAUCUACCUCGACAACAUCCUGGUGUACAGCCGGAGUGUGGACGAGUAUGUGGAACACCUGCGCACCGUUUUGGAGCGGCUACGACAAGCCAAGUACAAAGCCAACCGCGAUAAAUGUGAAUUCGCGUGGCAGGAGCUGGAGUACUUGGGACAUUAUGUGAUGCCGCAAGGCAUCCGUCCGCUCCCGGACAAGAUCGAGGCCCUCCACGUAUGGCCCGAGCCCACCAACACCACGGACGUCCGUUCCUUCAUGGGGUUGGCGGGCUACUAUCAGCGAUUCAUCACCGGAUACUCAAGGAUUGCUGCACCUAUGACGAGAUUACAAUCGCCAAAGGUGCCAUUCGUAUUCGAUGACGACGCACGCCGGUCAUUCCAAGCACUUAAGACGGCCAUGCUCAUAGCACCCGUUCUUAGCAUCUAUGACCCCACCCUGCCUACGAGAGUGACAACUGACGCUUCCGGCCUUGGCAUUGGGCCAGUCUUGGAACAACACGAUGGCGACGACUGGCACCCUGUGGAGUAUUUCAGCCACAAAGUGCCACCCAUCAACUCGCUGGAUGAUGCAAGGGAGAAGGAGUUGCUCGCAUUCGUCAUGGCUCUCAAGCGAUGGCGGCACUUCCUCCUUGGGCGUCGUAGAUUCACAUGGGUUACGGACAACAACCCACUGACUUACUACAAGACGCAGGAUACGGUGAGCAGCACGAUCGGACGAUGGAUGUACUUCAUCAACCAAUUUGACUUCACACCGAAACAUCUUCCCGGCCUCUCCAAUCGCGCACCAGAUGCACUCUCGCAAAGACCUGAUCUUUGCGCUAUGACACAUCAUGCCUUCGCAUUCGACGAGGAGCUCCAGCGACACUUCAUCAGGGGCUAUGAGUCCGAUCUAGACUUCCCCACGCUAUAUGCGCAGCUAUCUUCGGAUCACCCGCCGGCCAGCCACUAUCGCAUCGCCGACGGGUACUUGCUCCUGCACUCGCGGGGCAAGGACAUACUAUAUGUCCCACGCGACCGCCGUCUUCGGACUCGCCUCCUCGGUGAGUAUCAUGAUGCGCAACUCGCCGACCAUUUCGGAGUCAACCGCACUAUUGCACGGCUUCGACAACGAUUCCGAUGGCCCGACCUCAUCACCGACGUCAUGAGGUAUUGCGACUCUUGCGAAGUUUGCCGACGAAGCAAACCCCGCAACCGCAACCCCUAUGGCGAGCUGCGCCCGAUGCCGAUCCCGCAGGAACCCGGUCUCUCCAUUGCCAAGGAUGUCACCGGACCAUUUCCCCGCGACCGCCUCGGACACGACGGCAUCCUCACGGUCGUGGUCCGAUUGAGUAAGUACGCGCGUUUUCUCCCUUGCAAGUACUACUCCACGGCUCCCAAGCUGGCACGCCUCUUGCACACCGGUUGGAUUUGUGGCCACGGUGUACCGGAAGAUAUAAUCAGCGACCGCGACACUCGCUUCAUGUCGGCAUUUUGGCCUGCUCUCAUACAGAAGUCCGACACGAAGAUGAAACCAAGUUCGGCUCGGCAUCCUUAGACGGACGAGCAAACGGAGCGGGCACAUCAAACUGCUCAAAUGAUGCUUCGUACGCUCAUCCGUCCGGACCAGAAAGAUUGGGUUGACCGCCUCUCCGUUAUCGAGUUUGCCUACAACACUUCGGUGCACCCGACGA